AUGGAUCGGCCCGGAGAGCCGGCCGGCUCCGUCCUGCCCUCCGGGAGCCCGCACGGCGGGGCGAGGAGGCGGCGGCGGCUGCUGCUGCUCCUGCUGUUGCUGUCCGUGAGCCUGGAGGCGAGCGGCCCUAUCUGGCCACCCCUCUUCUCCCCUCCUACAUCCCGGCCCUACGCCAGACUAGUCGCCCGGACUCAGCCCCAAUCAGGCGAGCUGCCGCCCAAAACACACCGCCUCAUUCCACCGGAACACAACGGGGUGUGUAAGGUGUACCUAAGUUGCAGCCACUGUGGGUCUUCUCCUGCCCCACUGUCCCCAGAGGCGGUGGAUGUUCGGGCAGGGCACCCGCCUCCUGUGGCACCCAGACCCUCGGGCCCCCAGGUCGGAGGUCCAUGGGCCUCGUUCAGGGCCGACAAGGAGGACGACGACAGAGUCAACUCCGGCUGGAACAACAGCUGGGUCCUGGCCCCCAAGGCUUACCAUGAAGGAGACGUCACCCUCAUCCUCAACAGCCUCCUGCGGGACUACGACAGCAAGCUUCGGCCGGACAUCGGGGUCAGACCCACGGUGAUUGAAACGGACGUGUAUGUGAACAGCAUCGGCCCUGUGGAUCCAAUCAAUAUGGAAUACUCCAUCGACAUCAUCUUCGGCCAGACGUGGUUUGACCACCGCCUACGGUUCCCAGGCUCCUCGAAGGUCUUGAUGCUCAACGGCAAUGUGGUCGGGAAGAUCUGGGUGCCAGACACCUUCUUUCGCAAUGCCAGAAAGUCAGAUGCUCACUGGGUCACGACCCCCAACCGCUUGCUCCGGAUCCGGGGUGAUGGGCGCGUCCUCUACACACUCAGGUUGACCAUCGCCGCAGAAUGCUACCUCCAGCUCCGCAAUUUUCCUAUGGACGAACAUUCCUGCCCGCUGGAGUUCUCCAGCUAUGGAUACCCCCAAAAUGAAAUUGAAUACAAAUGGAAGCAAACCUCUGUAGAAGUCGCAGAUCCUAAAUACUGGAGACUGAAUCAGUUUGCGUUCGUGGGGCUGAGAAACUCCACUGAAAUCUGGCGCACUCAAUCUGGAGAUUACGUUGUCAUGACCAUCUUUUUUUAUCUGAGCAGAAGGAUGGGUUUCUUUGCUAUUCAAACAUAUAUCCCAUGCAUCCUGACGGUUGUUCUUUCAUGGGUGUCUUUCUGGAUAAACAAAGAUGCGGUGCCCGCGAGGACAUCACUAGGUAUAACCACGGUGCUGACCAUGACCACGCUGAGCACGAUAGCCCGCAAGUCCUUGCCCAAAGUGUCCUACACGACGGCGAUGGACCUGUUUGUCUCCGUCUGUUUCAUCUUCGUCUUUGCGGCCCUUGUGGAGUUCGGGGCCCUACACUAUUUCAGCGGCAGCCGGGAGGGGAAACAUCCCAAGUUAAAGCGCAAAGCAAAGAAAUCCCAUGCACGGGCGACAGCGCGUCUCCUGGAGUCGACCACGUCCAUUUCCCUGAGCGGUGCACCCCCUGCCCAAGGGGCUGGCUCUGGGUAUCCAUGUCUGGAGGGCAAGGACUGCGUCGGCUUCUUCUGCUGUUUCGAAGACUGCCGGACGGGGUCAUGGAGGGAAGGGAGGCUGCACCUCCGUGUGACUCGGAUCGACUCUUACGCACGCAUCUUCUUCCCCACCGCCUUCGUCCUGUUCAAUCUUGUCUACUGGAUCGGGUACCUUUACCUCUGACCACACUGCCCAGAGAGCCGGUGCAGCAUCCCCGUUAUCCAAGCAGUCG